GGAGGCUGGAGCCCCCUCUCACACUGUAAAGCCACAGAAAAGCGGCGGCAGUACGUACUCUGUUCAGUUCUUGUACCCUUCCUUAGCUCGCAAGCAGAGUAUGCAUUCCUUCCUUGUCCCUCGCCGACGCAUCCACCGCCAAGCAACCUCGCUACAUAUGCGCCGUUCCUUCGUCUACCCCCAUUGUUCUACCAAACUCGUCGGCCGGUGAGCCCAUACAUACACACGCACAGGUCGGAUCAGAGGUCAGAGCACGUGUACAGGUAGAUAGCUGGAGCCUGGAGGCCGGUGGCGAGAGGAUCAUCGCUUGUCAUGAACGGUGGCAUCGGGGGCACGGCGGAGGGGGCACCGCACCCGAGCACGGACUGGGGCCCGAUCAUCGUGGCGGUGAUCCUGUUCGUGGUGCUGUCGCCGGGGCUGCUGUUCCAGCUGCCGGCCAGGACCAGGGUGGUGGAGCUCGGCAACAUGGCCACCAGCGCCAUCGCCAUCCUCGUCCACGCCGUCAUCUUCUUCUGCAUCCUCACCCUCGUCGUCGUCGCCAUCGGCGUGCACGUGUACGCCGCCUAGCUAUCUCAUAUAGUACUCCAGAUCAAGAUGGGUUUUGUCUUUCUUCAGUGCUGCCCUGCCCAGCCCUGCCCCUGUUUGCCUGUUUGAUUUGGCCGGCUGUAAACUGCAGAAACACUGCUGGCUUAAAACAGUACGUAUAUAUGUUCUUGGAUGAGGAAUUAGUUGCUUGUAA